UCGAUCUCACGGGAUCCUCCUAGGCUGUCACCCUAACACUUACACGAUAUCGGUUAUAACGGGAAUGCGCGACGCUACUUUAUAGGACCGCCCUCACCUCUCCCUCGAGCAUCCUCUCCACACCCUCUUUUGCCUCUCGGCUUUCAUCCUUCAGUAUCCGCUUCGCAACUGUUAGGUUAGCGAUCAGACAGCAUCGCCAUGGAUGCGCCUCACGAGAAGGACGACCAGGACGUCAACGAAGCUCAGCCUGAGCAGCAAGGGCAGCUGGAGCAGGAACAACAGGAGCAGGAACACGACCCCUCGUCUGCGUCUCUUCCAACCUAUACUUCUUACCCCCCUCCACCUCAGUCUUCGACAGCAUCUUCAUCGACAUUUAGGCCCAUGGGCCAAGACUUGCCAAAUUUGCGAACAAGUCCUUCCGACGCAACUCCGACACGCACGACCCGAGCUGUCUCAUCUGCUGCUCCUAGCGAGCAGAAUAGUAUUGCAAACUCGGAUCCGCCGUUUUCUCCUUGGAGUGUUGGAUCAGAUAAGCAAUUGGGAUAUCACUCUGCUGCUUCAGAUAUUUCUGGAGAUCGAGUCUUUCCUAUACGAUCCGUCAUAAGCGUCGACCCCAACCCCAGUAAGAUUGCCAGUGACGAUUAUUUUCCGGCCUUGCCUGAGCGCGAUGGUCGAAGCAUUCCUGUCCUUGUCCCAGGUGCUCCCCGAGCUGACACGGGGCCAGAUCUGAGACGGUCAGACACCGUUCCAGCUAAUUACCAUUCACGAGCCCAUAGUGAGCGCAUCGAUGCCCUUAUGCGGAGGAAGAACACUAUGAGCGGCCCAAUGUCCAGCAUUCAACUAGACGCAAACCGCCAUGGAAGCAGUACAACACCACUUCAGCUCGAUAUCUCCACUUCCGACAAUGAAACUGAAACAGAAGAAUCCGGACCAAUGGGUCACAGCGCACCUGCAGCUGCAGCCUCUGGACACGAGCCCGAUGUGUCUUCUGCGGGACAGUCGAGUGCUGACGUCCCCCUUGUCACAUCUCGCUUCACUCAUGUUGUGACCGAUGAUGGCCACGCAGUUAUCACAGGCCGCGAUGGUGUCCUUCAGCGCUGCGAAGAUGAACCGAUUCAUACUCCUGGUGCGAUUCAAACAUUCGGUGCUCUCGUUGCGCUCCGUGAAGAGAAUGAUGGCUGCUUCGUCGCUCGAUACAUUAGCGAAAACUCUGAGCGAAUGCUGGGCUACACGCCCAAGCAACUAUUUCAACUCAAAAACUUUUUAGACAUCUUGACAGAGGAACAGCAGGAUAAUCUUCUUGACCACAUCGAUUUCAUUCGUGACGAAGAUGCGGAUCCAGCCGUUAACGGGCCUGAAGUUUUUAGUUUGUCGAUUCGGUCCCCUAAGCGCAAGAGCACAAAACUCUGGUGUGCCAUUCACAUAAACCCGGCACAUCCUGAUUUAAUCAUUUGCGAAUUCGAACUAGACGAUGACGCUGAAUAUCCUCUACGACCAGUUGAUGAGUUGACCCCCGAUACCCCACACGACACUCUUCAGUCAAAUCCAACACUGGAAGAAAUCGAAGACAGCACAGAGGUCCUCAGCAAACCCCUGAGAAUAUUGAGGAGUGCGAGAAAGAGACGGGGCGAGCAAGGCGCCAUGCAAGUCUUUGAUAUCAUGUCCCAGGUUCAAGAGCAACUCUCUUCAGCUCCCAACUUGGAAGCGUUCCUGAAAAUCCUGGUGGGCAUAGUCAAGGAAUUGACUGGCUUCCACCGUGUCAUGAUUUACCAGUUCGACUCUUCCUUCAACGGCAAGGUCGUAACAGAACUUGUCGACACAUCAAUGACGAGAGAUCUGUAUAAAGGCCUCCACUUUCCCGCAUCAGACAUUCCACGACAAGCUCGCGAUUUAUACAAACUCAACAAGGUCAGAUUGCUUUACGACCGAGAUCAAGACACCUCCAGAAUAGUUUGCAGGACUAAGGAAGAUCUGGACGUUCCUCUGGACAUGAGUCAUUCCUACUUGCGAGCCAUGUCCCCAAUCCAUAUCAAGUAUCUCAAAAACAUGGCAGUGAGAUCGUCCAUGUCGAUAUCAAUUAAUGCUUUUAAUGAGCUAUGGGGCCUUAUUUCUUGCCACUCGUAUGGUAAUCACGGCAUGCGAGUGUCUUUUCCAAUUCGGAAGAUGUGUCGACUGGUUGGUGACACCGCGUCCAGGAACAUUGAGAGGCUAUCUUACGCCUCACGGCUACAGGCUCGCAAGUUGAUCAACACUGCACCUACAGACAAGAACCCCUCUGGAUAUAUUAUUGCGUCUUCAGAGGAUCUUUUGAAGCUGUUCGAUGCAGAUUUUGGGCUGCUAUCUAUCAAGGGCGAGACCAAAAUCAUGGGACUUGUCGAACAAAGCCAGGAAGCCCUUGCGAUGCUGGAAUACCUACGAAUGCGACAACUUACCUCUGUUGUUGCAUCGCAGGACGUUAAAGAAGACUUUCCCGACCUACGAUAUCCACCUGGUUUCCAAGUUGUAGCCGGUCUACUCUACGUACCCCUCAGCGUUGGCGGCAACGACUUCAUCGUCUUCUUCCGGAAGGGCCAGAUCAAAGAAGUCAAGUGGGCCGGCAACCCCUACGAAAAGUUUGUUCGAGAGGGCACUGCCGGCUACUUGGAGCCAAGAAAGAGCUUCAGGACCUGGCAUGAAACUGUUGUCGGCAAAUGCCGAGAAUGGAAUGAAGAACAGGUCGAGACUGCAGCCGUGCUCUGUCUCGUCUACGGUAAAUUCAUCGAGGUCUGGAGGCAAAAAGAAAUGGCUCUUCAAAACAGCAAGUUAACCCGAUUAUUGCUUGCUAAUUCUGCCCAUGAGGUCCGGACACCUCUUAAUGCCAUUAUCAACUACCUGGAAAUCGCCCUGGAGGGCAGUCUCGAUCAAGAAACCCGUGAUAACCUGGCGAGAUCUCAUUCCGCCUCCAAGUCUUUGAUCUAUGUCAUCAACGACUUGUUAGACUUGACUAAGACUGAAGAAGGACAGAACUUGGUCAAGGAUGAGGUUUUUGAUCUUGCCAGCUGCAUUAGAGAAGCGACAGGUCCAUUCCUGAAUGAUGCUAAACGAAAAGGAAUUCAUUACACCGUUGUUCAACAUCCUGGGCUUCCGCGAUUCGUACAUGGCGAUGAACGACGAAUCCGCCAAGCACUCUCUAAUGUCACUGCGAACGCUGUGGCCCAUACUCACAGCGGCCACGUUAAGGUGGAAGUCUUUGUGUCAGAAGUCAAAGAUCGACAGGCAGUGGUGGAUUUUGUCAUUGAGGACUCUGGUAUUGGCAUGAGUGCCAGCCAAUUGGAUACCUUGUUCCGUGACCUCGAACAGGUCAGCUCAGAGGAAGCACCUAUGUCGGGCACGAAGCUGGAGGAGAUGCCUCGCGAAAUGCGAACAUUGGGACUUGGUCUUGCUAUUGUUGCCCGCAUUGUUCGAAACAUGGAUGGACAGCUUCGCCUAAAGUCGGAGGUUGGCCAAGGCUCAAGAUUCGUGGUUCAACUUCCAUUCCUCCUUUCCAAUGAGUGUCCAAGCUCACAAGGAAACGAAAACGUCCCGACGAGUGGCUCAACAAACAAGUCGACAAACAGUGCAGAUUCCGCAAACACUGCAACAUCUGCCCCACUGUCUCUGACAGCCGCUCCAGAGGGAGAGAUUACACUCGUUGACAGGGUUAGCUCCAUGACUUCUGCUGUCGAAGGAGGCGAUGCAUCAAUGAAACAAGGAAGCCGAGCAAGCCAACGAAGUAUGAGUAGCUGUGGUAGCCAUGGUAGUCAUCAAAGUGACGCCGAUCGACUCAUUGAUGCGAUCUCAACGCCACUAUCUCUGAACGACAAGGAAGGCGGUGAGUAUCCUCUUCCUGGUAGUGUGAAUUCAGGAGGAGGCUCCAUGCGGCCCACGUCCCGCGGAGCUAUCAGCCUCAGUGGCCGACCUGUGAGUCCUCCCAGGAGCCCUGUGGCAACCAAACCACAUAGCGAGCCCGGAAGCGCAGGGGUGGUGGAUUCAAAAACUCCGAUUCGUGCUGUCAAGAUUCCAGACGAGUACAGCGAUAUGCCCCAAAGACCACAGCCCAGCGAACAUUCCCGUGUUCUCUUUGAGAUGAAGGGAAACGAUCGCCCCGUAACAAAGGCCGCUACAGAGAGCGUCACAAGUGGAGGAACUCAGAUGACUGAGCCACAACAUCUGGAGGUCCUUGUGGCCGAAGACGACCCAAUCAACAUGAAGAUUUUGAGGAAACGUUUGGAGCGAGUCGGCCAUGGCGUGCAUCAUACUGUCAACGGUGAAGACUGUGCUGCAGCAUAUCGCGAAAGAUCAAAGGAGUUUGACGUCGUCUUAAUGGAUAUGCAAAUGCCAAUUGUCGAUGGACUCACAAGUACGAAAAUGAUCAGGUCAAUGGAGGCAUCCGCGGAGCAUCAAGGCCAUUCGUCGUUGGCUAACUCAAAUUAUCGCAUCCCAAUUUUCGCUGUUUCGGCUUCUCUCGUUGAGCGCGAGAAGCAGACUUACGUCGAUGCCGGCUUUGAUGGCUGGAUCCUCAAACCGAUCGAUUUUAAACGUCUCAACACGUUACUUGCCGGUAUUUCUGACGAGGAGGUCCGCAAGUCUUGCCUAUACGAACCAGGUCAAUGGGAACGUGGGGGUUGGUUUGUUCCAAGAGCCAGUCUUGGUGGUUCAGUAACUAGCGACGAGACGACACCGAAGGCCGAACACGAUGCCAAAGAUAAAGACAUAGGCAACACAGUAGCUGCAGAGGCUCAGGCUGAGGGCGAUGCUGUUGAACCUACACCCAGUACUUGAUACGCCAGUACUACUGCACCAGCAAACAGGUCCUUGGCCAAAAACAGCUCCAGGUUGAUGUAGAGCUUUCCUCAUCUUUCUGGGUUCAUAUACACCGGGGUCUCUUCGAACAGACGAGCAGUUUCUCUCGGGUCUUCAACAUCUUCAAUACACACACCCUCAGAUGCCAGUUGACCGUG